CCCGCUUCAGUUCUGCUAACUUACGUCUAUUUCUGUCGCACAACGUUGACCCCUCGUCCAUCGCGCUCUCUCUACCUUCUGCUCUCUUCCUCAACCAUACAAUGACCGCCAAGCUCGACGCAGAUACGACGGUCCUCCCUCCAGAUAACACCUACCCGCUCUACGUCGUCGGCACGCGCUACCGGCUCCCGCUCCCGCACGCCGUCGACCCCGCCGCGCCCACCCUCAUCCUUCUCCACGCCAUCGGCUUCCACAAGGAGACCUGGGAGCCUACUGUUGCUCGACUUAUGCGCUCGGCGGGCCCUGAUGUGCACGAAGCGUGGUCCAUCGAGUGUCCAAACCAUGGCGAGUCGGCGACAUUGAACGUGGAUAAACAGGAGGAGAUGAAGUCGAUGCAGAGCGCGGGAUACGCCACUGCUGCCCACCGGUUCAUCACUCACGUCUCCGACCUGCAAGCACGACCACUGAUAGGGAUCGGUCAUUCAGUCGGCGGGCUGGCGCUCACAAUCCUCGCCCGCAUUCCCCCACUCCUCCCCUUCACCCACCUCACCCUCAUCGAGCCCGUCCUCCUCGCCGUCCCGCGCCCGCGCAUCGAGAAAUUACGCGUUCGGCUGCGCGCGCGCGCCACGGGCCGCCGCGACUGGUGGCGCGACCGCGGGGCGGCGGAAGCGUACUUUCGGAAAGCGCCGUGGGAUCGGAGGGUCGGGGCGCUUUUUGUGGAGCAUGCCAUCAUACCAGAUAAAGAGCGUGGCGGUCUGACGCUAGCGUGCUCGCGGGAGCAGGAAGAGGAUAUGUACAUGGAUAUGUACGGCCCGACCGCGCCCUUGGACUUCCUCCCACCAAUGUGCCAAGCGACCCCGGUCCGCCUCGUCCUGGGCGGUCCCAACGAUGUGAUGGCAAAAGACCUCCAAGAUGCACUCCUCACAGGUGUGGUGCCUUGGGCCUCCGUCUCUCGCAUCCCACAAGCAGGUCACUUCAUACCUAUGGAAGCGCCGGACGCGCUCGCCGACGUGCUCGCCAGUGGCCUUCCGAGAUUGAGAGACGCGCCUACGAAGAUUAUGGGGCAGUACUUCGACUCUGAUCAGGAGGGUGUUGCGUAUCAUGCGGGUGCUGAGGGCGUGUACCGUGCGGGUGCCGGGGGCGUGUAUCAUGCUGGGGCGCGGGGAAGGAGGGAUCAUGGUAUCGUGGCGCGACUAUAACAAGGCAUCGUUGCGCUACUAUGGUCACCCUUCGGCUGUACAUUGAUAGACAAACUCCUUGUAAAACUACGGACUAAAAGAUAGACACUGUACUCGUACAUACAACGAAAGCACGCUACAUCACUGUACAGAAAAGCCGAUAAUCCCA